AAUAAGUCUUUCUGUGCCCCACCUAGGCAGCUGUGACUGGCUUGAAGAAGAGAAGCAAACAAAACAUUCUGAGCCUGGGACGGAUCUUCUGUGCCUGUUCACCAUAGGAGCCCAGCACAACCACCUGAAAACAUGGUGGUAGACCUUUCCAGGUACUUUCCUCUCCUAUUGCUGCUGGAGCUGUGGAAGCCGAUGUGUCUACUUUGCUCUCAGCCUAAGGGUCUCACCAGGGCAUGCUGGUUUGAAAUUCAGCACAUACAGACAAGUCCUCAGCCAUGCAACACAGCCAUGCGCGGCGUCAACAAUUAUACCAAACACUGUAAACAGAAAAACACCUUUCUGCAGGAGUCCUUCCAGAAUGUGGCUGCUACCUGUAGGCUGCGCAAUAUCACCUGCAAGAAUGGUCGGAAGAACUGCCACGAAAGCACAAAGCCGGUCAAGAUGACUGACUGCUCACACAUCGGAGGAGCCUAUCCUAACUGCCGCUAUAAAUAUGCUGACCAAUACAAGUUCUUUAUUGUGGCCUGUGAACACCCAAAGAAGGAAGACCCUCCCUACCAACUGGUGCCUGUGCACUUAGAUAAGAUUGUGUGAGGCUAGGUCUUUACUUCUGUUUGACACAGGUUCUCUUACAGUUUAUUCCACGUUGCCUUUUGUUCCCACAGAAAAGGGAAGGUGUUGGAAGAAUUAAGAUGCCUAAGCUAUCAAAAUGGAGUUAAAAAAAAGUGCAUGGGUUAUAAUGUAGCUAUGUAAAUGAGCACUUGCUUAGUGCACAGAGGUCCCUGGGUUCAAUCAUCUUACUAGCCCCCCCACCCCCCAAAAAAAAAAUAGAAAGAAAGAAGAUUAUUUUCUGCUCUGGGGUUACCUUUGUUGAAGGAGGAAUAUAAGAAAAGUAUAAAGAUGGACCAAGCCACUGAACAAUUUAUCCUGUAAUUUUUGGGGGUCAAGCUUUAUUGUACUAUGCUCAUAGGCAGAAUUUUUUUUUU